UUGUUAAUACAUGUUGUCGUUCACAAAAUUCCAUUAGGAAUUUAGUGUAUAAACAUAUGGCUUUUUCUCAUACGAACGACAUUUCGUCGUGAUUUUCGAUUACAUCUCAUUGACAUUUGAUGAUUGUGUUUGUAGUGCUACAUACUAUGUCACAAUAGUGUAUUAAAGGAGGAGGUAGUGGAGAACGUUAUGGAGGGUGUCCAUGGACAACUACAGACUAAAUACCAAAAAAUUGCCACAGAAUACUCAAAAAUUCGUGCUCAAGCAAAUGUUCUAAAAAAGGCUGUGAUCGAUGAACAAACACGUAAUGCAGAUAUUCGUGAACAAUUAAAGGAAAAAGAAGUUGAACUUCGAAGAGCAGAACAAGAAUUAGAUAGUUUAUCUUUUCGAAAUCAACAAUUGACUAAACGCAUAACUGUAUUACAGGAGGAACUUGACAAAGCGCAAAAUAAAUCCAAAAAGGGGAAAAAUAAAGUAUCAGAUAAUAAUAGCCAAAUACAAGCACCGCCAAAUCAUAUCUUAGAUGAAGAGUUUCAAAAGAAAAUAGUUGAGAAUGCUCAAUUGUUAUCUCAAAUCAGUGAUAAAGAUAGUGAAAUUGAAAGUUUAAAUGAAAGGAUACAACAAUUAGAAUAUAAAUUAGACCAUUGUGAAAAAUCUAAAGUUGAAUUAGAAUGUCAAUAUCAAAGCACAAUAGACAAACUAGAAAGAGAAAGAAAUGAUUUACACAGAAAGUUAAACGAUAAACAGAAACAAGAAGAAACUGUGUCUUGGUCUAGUAAUGAAGGUAAACGUGAUGGAUAUGAAUUGGAUAGCAAAAUAGGAAUAUCUAAUCAUCGUCAACUGGAACAAUCUCCAUUCUCAUCGCCACUUGCUUCGCGUAGAUCAUCAAAAUCAAUUGAAGGCAGACCUUCUAAAGGACAGGAGGAUAAUAAUGAUAUUGAUUUUCCAAAAUUAGUUUGCUUAGAAAAAGAAAUGAAUCAUUGGAAAGCACAAUAUCACAUACUCAAACUAAAAUAUGAUGAAAUAGAACAAAAAGAAUGUUUAAAUACUAUGCAAGUAGAGAAUGAGUCUUUGCAACCAACAAAAAUAAAUAACAUGAUUGGAACAUUGACAGUACCUUUUCCUAUACCAGAAGAAAUUGAAGCUCGAGAAGCAAAAAUCAGAGAUUAUUUUCUACAAGAGAUUGAUAAAUUAAUAACGGAGAAAAGUAUUUAUCAUGUUAAAAAUUUAGCUAUGGCUGCUAACAGCGAAGUUAUGCAAGUUCAUUUAGACAGAAGUGAAUCGAAGAGAAAAAUAUGUGAAUCCUCACUCACAGAAGCGUUCUCAAACUGUAGUAUACUGCAGAAAGACAAAGAGAUACAAGAAGGAAAUUACAAAACCCAACUUAGUACUAUGAGUGAACAUCUAGCAAACAUGAAUGAGAAACUUAUUUCUCAAACAGAAGAAAUACAACAACUGAAGUUUGAACUUGCUAAUAAGAACAAUAAAAAGGGAAAACAGAAGUGAUAUAAGUUUGAUUACAAAGUAAGAAUUAUUGACAUUCCAUCAACAACA